UGUCAUUUGGGACAAAGAAUCUGUUUGAGUAUGUUGAGGGUAUAUUGUGGAUGCACAGGUGAGGUCUUUAUAAACAGUGAGAGGGCAUAGGAAAAACCAUAAGUGGUUGUUUCCCCCUGAGACAGACAGACUCGUCUCCAGACUCUACAGAACACAGUUGUUUUCUCUCCACGGAUCAAGCCCUAUCAGACUGAGAGACAUGUCCUCCUCCUCUCUCCCGUGGUGCCUGCUGGUGGUGUGUGUUCUGACUGUGGUCCAGAUCUAUGCAGCAGAGGAACCUAAAGUCCUCAAGGUUUUCAACCUCCAUGCCACUGACCUGCAUAGCAGCCUGCUAGGGACCCCUGAUGCCUACGUUGAGGUGUUCAGGGCGCACGGCUUUCUCGGGAGGACAGAGGUGAAGAACAACAACCACCACCCCAGCUGGAAGGAGGAGUUCAGCUUCCUCAACGCCCGUGAGAACAACAUCUUGAGGUUGGAGGUGUACGACAGCGACAUCAACACCAACGACCUGCUGGGGACCUGCGAGCGCUCCAUCAAGAUCGGAACUUGGCAACAUAAAUGUUUCCUGAACACAGGCGGGAUCCUGAACUACUCCUACACCCUAGAACCUCUACAGUAGACCCUGAACUACUCCUACACCCUAGAGCCCCUACAGUAGACCCUGAACUACUCCUACACCCUAGAGCCUCAACAGUAGAGCCUGUACUACUCCUACACCCUAGAGACC